AAAAAGUGAAGUUAUCUGAAAUCCCUCAAAAGCAACCACUCAUCUCUGAAUCCUUAAAUCCAUCUUUAUACAGAUGGAGCUUAUUAAUAGCAGUAAGUAUCUCUAAAAUAACAUGCCUGAACAUUACUAUGUCCAAAUGUCAGAGUUUACAGAAAUCACCCCUAGACAUUCAGGAUAGUAAUGGACACCAACGCAUGAUAUGCCCUUCAAAAGCUUUGAAAAUCAAUGCUUCCAAAGCACUCUCUCCAAUAGUCUGAAAUAGUGGAGGCAGCAGUAUAUCCAUUAGUAAAUAGUUCUUCUAUAAAAGUAUCAUUUGUUCUUGUCUUGUGUUUAGGUAUAAUAAACAGCUGCCACUUUUAAAAGCUUUAAAAACACAAGCAACAAAAUCAGCAAACCUGCUAUGGGAGAUCUGCAGAAAGUUCUUGACAAAGGAGAAUAUAUUCCCUUGAAAUCUGCUCCUGUGUUUGAAAGUAAAUUUAUUCAGGUAAAUAGGAAAGGUGGAUCAAUUUACCUUCAUAAUCGUCCCAACUAUGUGACUGUGGGCAUAUGUGCCUCUAGCACAAAACUGUCAAUGCCAAAUGUAAUGCUGCUUGCCAAUUCAUCUCCCUAUUCCUCCAAAGAAGACCUUUCAGCCUACCCACCAUCUACCCAGCCCUCACACUCCAAAGAAGAACUGGUACUCACCAGGUUCUUGCCUUUGCAGUUUGUAGAUCUCUCCGUUCACUCUGCUAAUAAGAGACGGCUGAAGCUGAAGUUGGUGAAUGGUCGCUCCUACUACCUAGAACUCUGCGCUUCACCACAGAGGCAGAGUGAGAUAUUCUCUCAGUGGGUGCGGCUCAUCAAUCUGCUGAAAUCUAAAUCUGAAGGGCCUUCAAUUAAUACUCUUUAUAAGGAUUUUGAAACCCAGGAGGACAAUAAAGCCAUCGGGAAUAAAACAGGAAUACAAGAAAAAAACACAGUAGAACCUCUUACAAAUCAACCAGUCAGUCAAGAGUCAACAGAACUCAGUAAGAAAGCAUCUUCCAAGCGUGUCACCUAUUCAGAUGUUGUGGGUUCUAUUGCAGAAUUUCAGAACAAGAGCCAAACAAUAGUUUCUUCCGACAGCUACAUGAAACAGCCCCAUGCAGACUCAAUGAAACAAAACAAAUUUAGUCAAGAAUUAAUCGGGACAGCUAUCAGAAAGAAAAAAUCUAGGGAAAGGGCACCUUUUACCAGAAGUGAAAAACGACUGCAAUCUUCAGGAAUCCUAAAAAAUAUCAGUCACCCUAAACUACUUUUUAACAAAUAAUAUUGAAAAAAUGUGCUGUCAUAUGAAAAGAAACUAAGCUGAAGAUGCAAAGUGAAAGAAGAAAACAAAGUGAUCAGAUGGGAAAAUGGAAAGUCAGAAACUGUAUGAGUGUUCUCUUCAAGAAU